AUGGCGAGAAAGCAGCGGCAGGCGGCGGCGGGACCUCCGUCAAAUGGAUAUUCAGGGGGCUUCUUUCUGCCUGCUCAGCGCUCCAUGCACUGCCAGGGCGGGUUCUUCUCCUCGGACACUAAACCUUUUUUGGCCAUGCCACCCCCAACCAAACCCAAGACCCCCACCACCUCCCUUCGGAUGGAAAAGCCGGCACCGAUUGAGAGCAAUCAAGCCAGGGAAACCAACCUCCGCAACACCAGCUCAUCGUUGCGACGAGAGAAUCCACGGCAACCAUCGUCUCAUGGCAAAACACAAGCCAAAACUGGUCAUCCUUGUUCUUCUACGUCAAGUCCACAAUGUGAUAUCGAAUCCAAUGUGAAUGCAAAGUUUGUGCUGGCGUUAAAAGAGUUGCGUGAUAUCAAAGGCGAAUACCAAAGAUCUAGACCUUUAACGUCUGGAAUUCCAUCGACGCCAGCACCUCCUGCGGCGGCGGCCCUUCCACCAGAAACCGAAGAGUCGUCGCGGACAAUACCCAUGGGCGAUCACUCGCCAACGAAAAAGCUCAAAAUCGCCGAAACGGUCAUUCGCAAGCUGUACAAGAAAAACUUGGAGCUCGAAAAGGCACUAGUACAAGCGAAAGCGGACAAUCAAAAUCAGGCCCAGCCAGCACCAUACGAGCCAACGUUGGACAAGCCACCCACGAUAGAAAGCGUGCAAGGCAUCGAGUCUCAAAAGGACGAGUACUUAAAGUAUUUGGCCGCAGAGCAAGACAAGACGAUCCAAGAAUUGAAGCGGAAAAUCGAGACUCUCGCCGAUGCACAAGACGCCCGAAACCCAGGCGGCAAAAGUGCAAACUCAACCAAGGCAGCCGCGAUUUCUCGCCUGGAAAAGCGGCUUCAGGAGGCAAUUGGAGAGUCGAGUCGCCAGAAACAAAGCUACAUGAAGCUCAAAAGCGACUACAAACGGCUCCUCUUGCAGCGAACGCGGUCAAUUUCCGGCAGUUCCGAGAUUGACUCCCACGCCCGGGAAUUGCUCGCUUUGAUGGAGAAACGAUUGCUCAAAGUCGAAGACGAGCGAGAGCAGGACAUGGCGCUGUACAACAUGAAAUUAUUUGAAACGGAGCAGCAAAACUGCGACGACUACGUGGCCAAGAAAAUGCUCGAAAACGAAAUGGCCAAAGUGACUACCGACGUCAAGGAGCGCGACAACCUGGACGACCAAAUCGAGAAAUGCAUGUUGGGGGUGUUUGAGCGGCUGCACCAAGUCGAGCAGGAAAACAUCCAGUUGCGAGACUCGAUCAAGGGAAUGCAUCGUCAACGUUAA